AUGUUGAAAUCUCUAACGCACACCACUAUUCGUGUGCUUUCGAGGGGGUGCCCGAAUGUGUGGGCGAAACAGCUUCGUGCAGCAUCCACUCACUUCGGAUACGAACAAGUCGACGAAGAUGAAAAAGAAAAGCGAGUUCAUCACGUUUUUGCGAAUGUUGCUAAGAAGUAUGACAUGAUGAAUGAUGCCAUGAGUUUUGGAAUUCAUCGACUUUGGAAGGACUACUACGUUUAUGGUCUACCGCUCAAGCCUGACUCAAAGGUUCUAGACGUGGCAGGAGGGACGGGAGAUAUUGCCUUUCGUCUGCAUAGAAAAAUGAAAAGCGGCAAGAUUACUGUGGUGGAUAUCAAUCAGAAUAUGCUCGACGUUGGUAAAGAACGUGCAAAUAAAGAUCCAUCAGUUGACCCGAAGAGGUUUGAAUGGAUUUGUGCAAAUGCGGAGAAGCUACCAUUCGACGAUAAUUCUUUUGAUGCGUAUACUAUUUCUUUUGGAAUCCGCAACUGCACCCACGUUGACAAGGUAGUGGAAGAAGCCUUCCGCGUUCUAAAACCUGGAGGUAUAUUCGCUGUGCUCGAGUUCAGCGCCGUUAAUCCACUACUUAGACCUAUAUAUGAUGCGUACUCCUUCAAUGUCAUACCCAUUAUGGGGGAGGUAUUGGCUAGCGACUACAACAGUUACAAAUAUCUUGUUGAGAGUAUCCGCAAAUUCCCUGAUCAGGUAUGGUUGUCCAUAGUUUUUAAGUACACUAUCUAA